AUGAGGCCAUCAGACGACCAGAUAUCGCAAACGCCCACAGGAGACCUGUUCGUGAAGGCAUCAGCUGCCAAGGGCAUUCUGCCUGAGAUUUUGGAAGAGCUGCUGGCAGCGAGGAAGAGAGCAAAAGCUGAUCUCAAGAAAGCCACGGAUCCCUUGGAGAAAGCAGUGCUGGACGGCCGACAGCUGGCACUCAAGGUGAGUGCCAACUCUGUCUACGGCUUCACAGGGGCUACCAUCGGCGCGCUGCCCUGCUUGGAAAUCUCAUCCAGCGUCACUGCUUAUGGGCGGCAGAUGAUAGAGCACACGAGGGCGUUCGUGGAGCAGCACUACUCCAUCGCCAACGGCUACUCGCACAAUGCUGAUGUGGUGUAUGGCGACACGGAUUCCGUGAUGGUGAUGUUUGGCGUGGACACCGUUGAGGAGGCCAUGCGCAUGGGCAGGCAGGCUGCAGAGGAGAUUUCUGAUACAUUUCCUAAGCCAAUCAGGCUGGAGUUUGAGAAGGUGUACUUCCCGUACCUGCUGAUCAACAAGAAGCGCUACGCUGGGCUCUACUGGUCCAACUCCAAGGCCUUUGAUAAGAUGGACACCAAAGGUAUCGAGACGGUUCGGAGAGACAACUGCCUGCUGGUCCGCCAGGUGGUGGACGAGUGUUUGCGGCGCAUUCUAAUGGAGCGGGAUAUUCCUGGUGCCGUGGCAUAUGUGAAGGCUGUCAUCUCGGAUCUCCUCUUGAACAAGCUCGACCUCUCGCUGCUGGUUAUCACCAAGGCGCUAACCAAGGGAGGUGACGACUACGCCGUCAAGGCGGCCCACGUUCAGCUGGCAGAGAGAAUGCGCAAGCGUGACUCCGCCACAGCACCGGGCAUCGGGGAUCGAGUGGCGUAUGUCAUCUGCAAGGCUCCCAAGGGCAGCAAGGCAUACGAGAAGUCAGAGGACCCCAUUCACGUGUUGGAGAACAACAUACCCAUCGACCCGCACUAUUAUUUGGAGAACCAACUCAGCAAGCCACUCCUGAGGAUAUUUGAACCCAUUCUGAAGAAUGCGAGCAAGGAGCUGCUGAGUGGGGCGCACACGCGAGCAGUCUCCAUCUCCACGCCCGCGACAGGUGGCAUCAUGCGAUUUGCCAAAGUCCGGCUCUCCUGCCUCGGCUGCAAGACGCCUCUCAGCGGCAAUACCCAGACGCUGUGUGUGCACUGUAUGGAUCGAGAGGGCGAGAUUUACCAACGGAUUACAUCCAACGUGCGGGAGUGUGAGGAGCAGUUUGGGAGGCUAUGGGUGGAGUGUCAGCGCUGCCAGGGCAGCUUGCAUCAAGACGUGCUGUGCACCAGUCGAGACUGCCCCAUAUUCUAUAGGAGGAAGAAAGCACAGAAGGACGUGGAAGAGGCACACGCUCAACUUGCAAGAUUCGACUUUUAA